UGAAAGGCCAAAGGUGAACAAGACGAUCACCAAUUUGCCACAUCCUCACCGGUUGCCUUUGAAGUUUGACCCCUGUUCGUCCAUCCGAUGUUUGUCACUCGCAGAGCCGCAGGAGCGGGGAGAUGGUGGGAGAGAAAGGAUAUCAAGUUUGCUACGGUAAUCAUAAUCCAUCGCCGGGUUUUGCAGCGAUCCUUUUUUGUUCAUCGAGCUUUGAGCUUCAGGCCGUAGAGUGUUGCCUAUUGCAUUACGAUAUGCCCGAAGUGAUGCGUCGCAUGAUAAAUAUAUUUCGUCGAUUCCAGGGCAUUUAGAAACCCGGAUCGCCCCUGAACCACCAUGUAUGUCAUUUCCUUCGUUCACAUCCACAUAA